GACUUGCGGAGUAUCUGCAGCCAAGUAGUAUAACAAAAUUUGAUAACAGACCGCACAUCUCUUUUCCCUCUCUAUCAACAUAACAUUUCCCCUUUCAACCAGAAUUAACCAAAAACAGAGUUUUUUUAGAAGCAGAGGAUUAUAACUUUUGCAUAAAACAUUUGCUCCGAGCCAUCUAUCUUUGUAAUUGUGGAUCAUGGGUUUCAAGCAAGACCUGUUGGUGUACACAACAUUAGAAUGUGAAAGCUUGGAGGAAAUGGCAGCCUGUAUGCAGAAAGCAAAAGAAGAAGGAGCAGAUCUCGUGGAGCUUUGUAUUGACUCUUUGACUUUCUCCCACAUUUCAGAAGUUGAACACCUCCUCAAACAGAGGACUUUACCCUCCAUCGUUUCCUUCAGGCCGAAUUCGCUGAGAUAUUCUUGCAGAGAAAACUGGAAGAAAACAUGCGUGCAAGUUCUGAAUUUGGCUGUUGAAUUGGACGUUGAGUUCGUAGAAGUUGAUCGCCAGGUUGCUUGUGAUGAGGUCAUCUGUGAAUUAAUGACCAAACGAUCAAACUGCAAAAUGAUUGCCUCCAGUCAUGUGAAUGGUGGAAAUCCUACAAAAGAGAGACUUUGUAAUUUAAUUACAAACCUGCAGUCAACAGGAGCAGAUAUCAUCAAAUUAGUGAUUGAUGUAGCUUAUAUUACAGAUGUUGCACCAGUUUUCCAUAUGCUUACACAUUGUCAGGUACCGCUAAUUGCCAGGGCAGCAGGAGAUAGAGGUCUUAUAAGCCAACUAUUGGGUCCAAAAUAUGGUGCUUUCUUUGUUUGUGGAUCUUUAGGAGGAAACUCCACCCCUGGCUUACCAGCUUUGACUAGCAUUAAAGACGUUUAUAAACUGGAAUAUGUGAACCCAGAUACUAGAGUUUUUGGCGUAAUCUCAAAUCCUGUUGGCCAUAGCAAGGGCCCUCUUCUGCACAACCCUGCCUUUAGACAUACAGGAUACAAUGGAAUAUAUGUGCCUCUACUAGUUGAUAAUAUCAAGGAAUUUUUUCGGGUCUUCUCAUGCAAUGACUAUGCUGGUUUCAGUGUUGGACUCCCACAUAAGGAAGCAGCAGUACGGUGCUGUGAUGAAGUAGAUCCACUUGCUAAGUCUAUAGGAGCUGUUAACACAAUUAUAAGGAGACCUUCUGAUGGCAAGCUCAUUGGUUACAAUACAGAUUGUGAGGCUUGUGUGACAGCAAUUGAGGAUGCACUUAGAGAGAGACAAAAGACCAAUGGCCAUGCAUCAAAUGUUUCUCCAAUUGCUGGAAAAUUGUUCGUAGUAGUUGGAGCAGGUGGUGCUGGGAGAGCUAUUGCUUUUGGUGUCAAAAGCAGGGGGGCAAGGGUUGUAAUAUUUAACCGCAAAUACGAGAGAGCAAAAGCUCUGGCCGCAGCAGUAUCUGGUGAAGCCUUGCCAUAUGAACAACUAAACGAUUUCUGCCCUGAGAAGGGAAUGAUUCUUGCAAAUGCUUCUGCAGUAGGCAUGCAGCCAAGGACAGAUCAAACUCCUAUUUCCAAGGAGGCCUUGAGAUCAUAUGAGCUAGUAUUUGAUGCAGUUUACACACCUAGAAACACACGGCUAUUGCAGGAGGCUACAGAGGUUGGAGCUGCAGUGGUGGGUGGGGUUGAGAUGUUCGUCAGGCAGGCAAUUGGGCAGUUUAAGUUGUUCACCAGUGGAUCAGCACCAGAAGACUUUAUGCGGAGGAUUGUAUAUGAGCAAUUUUGAUUCUUUUAGAAGAAAGGUAUAGUUUCUUGCUGAAAUCAGACAGUGCUAAGCCCAGGAUCUUGUUUGCCAGCCAAUAGAAGAGGUCUCUGAAACUCUUCUUAUUCGAUAUGGAUGCUCCUUCAGCUUCCAGUUGCGAAUUGAUUUACAUGGGAAAAAAGAUGCAUCAAAAUAUUGUGAGAUUGGUUUUUCUUUUACUUUCUAAAAAUCAGAUAGUAUGAUAGAUUACAUAUUGUAAAUAUCUUGUUAUAGUUUGAAUAGUUUGAAAGUAACGUCCGGGAAAGAUGGCCUGCUUCGCCUUU